CUUAAUUGAGCAUAAAUUUCAAUUGCUUAUCAGCAAAUGAACAAAUUCAUUCGCGUUGCAUCGGGUCAAUGUUCCGCAAAACAAAUGUUAUCGAGUAGCACACAUAAAGAAACUAGAUUAUAAACAGAAUAUUCAGGUAAUAAUUUAUUUUAAAAACAUCAAUUCUUAAACAUAUACGAUCGUAAAGCAAAGAUACAAGGAACAUUUCAAGUGUACCAGAUCGGUAAAGAUUGCGCGGCCUGUUGCGGUAUAACUACAGGUCGGAGUCAAAAAUCAAAUCAAAGUUGAACGAACUCAUGCCUUUAACCACUUUCCAAGGCUCGUGUAUUCUUUUCGUAUGCCACACACUACUCCUAGAACCAUACCAGUUCGAUAGGCUAAGCUUCUCUAUCUCCAGAGACUCUUGAGAACGUCCUGUUGCCGGACGGCCACGAUGCUUUUCUGAACCUCCAUGAUCAAAACAUUAUUUUUUGCGUCUUCUUAAAACGCAACCAGUCAAACGACACAACCACACGUUAAUCACCACUACCGAAGUAUAACUAGACCAGCCAAAGCGACGGAUGUCCGAAUAAAACGAAGGAUUUUCAAUGAUUGUACCGGUAAUGGCGAUUUCGAAUUUAGUGUUGACCCAACAAAUUUAUUCUGAAGAGACAAACGGCGCGCAUGCGCAUUAUCGUGAACCAGUCCCUUUAAGAUAAAGCACUAUUAUUCUGAAACCUACAUUUCAUUCUGACAAGAUAUACCAUCCUUUUUUCACAGACUCUUGGAGCAUCAUUUUUUCUCAAGCAGUGGGGACCAUACAACGUGGCCAUUUGGGUAAAGUUAUUGCUUAUUUAAAUUAACAGCAUAAAAGUAUCUAGGCUUAAAAUAUGAUAGUCCUAAGUGCCUUUCCAGCCAGUAACUUGACUUAAAAUAAAGCAUUCCUUUUAAUGUCCAUCACCAUACACAAUAGUGGAACAAAUUUACAGAAUACAGGGCCACUGGAGUUCAUCUGUAAGAAACCUUUGAAGAGUGAUUCAUGCAACUAUAGACUUCAGUAAGCUCUCUAUUGUUGGCCAAAAUUCAAAAUAAGUUCUUAGGUGCUUUUAGCAAAGUACCAAGUUUUCUGAGAAAAAUAUUAAUCCUAAAACGACCAAAUCUGGCCAUAUAACGCGAAAUCGCGCGAUAAAAUCGGCAAAAGAAGAUUAUAGAUUUUUAUUGAAAUACCGUAAAAUUCCGAAAAUUGGCACCGGGACUUAUAUUUUUCAAAGGCCCUUUUUGAGUGGCUUAUUUUUGGAGGGGCUUAUGUACGGAGGGAAAUUUGCGUUUCAAAAUCGAUUGACCUAGCUUGUAGUGGGAAGGAAAUUUACCAUUUUUGUUUUGCUUAAUACUUUGUAUUCGAGCGCAAAUUCCAAGUACAAGCCCCCCGGGGGGGGCUUAUAUUUGGAGGGGCGAUUUUAACGGAGGGUUUUUUGCGUUAUGACUUUGGGGGGCUUACAUGGAGGGGCUUAUUUUCGGAAUUUUACGGUAUUCAGUGAAAUGAUUAGUUCGAGGAAAUAUCCAUAAUUGUCCACUCCUUAUAAAACUGAUCGUUGAAAAUUCCAAGAACACUUGUGAAGGCAAAACCACAGCGACAAACCAGUGAGGGUCCGCCGGAUAUUUACUAGACCUGGAUCAGUAAAAUCUUGAGUAUCAGGGAGAGUAAACUGAUCCUUACAGCAGGAAGAGUGAUCGACAAAAUAAAGAAACAAAAUAAAAAUUUAGUGGUGAAUUAUGUUUGCCCGAUAUUUCGGUUUGCAACACAAACCUUCUACGGGGGCUAUAAAAGAAAAACGAAUAGAGAUAAAAGAUGAACGUUACAAAUGCGAGAUUUGAAUACAGAGCAAACAGAAAAUGAUAGGCUACUAAAAAGAUAAAUGUCACCAACUGAGUUCAUCACGUCUAUUUAUACCAUGAAGUUCUAAAGUCAUAGCUUUGUCAAUGAGGUGAGCCUCGCGUGCCUUUCUAACAGAGUCACGGUUGGUACGGAUUAGUUCUAAGAGAAUAAGAAGGACGUCGUUGAUAGAGUGAUCGGCUUGAUUAAAAUGUUUGGAGACAGGAGUAGGAUUAGAAAAGUGGCCAUUAUAGUUGAGAAUAGAGCGGCGAUGCUUCCCAAGACGAGAUGAACGUAUGACGUAUGAAUCUAAAGUUGAAUUUGCAGAGGGUGGGGACUGGAAGAUAUAAACCCCUAUUUAAGGAAGAUUAUUAAACUUAGAUUACAAAGGGCAAACUUGCAGCUGUAAACCGUGAUUUAAUCACCUUAUCAAGGCUGUGCUCUAGCAGAGCCCGGUGGCCUAUGGCGCCUAACUUUUGUUCUUUGGCGACUAGAAAAUCUUUGCUUUUUCAUAGAAAUCAUAUGCUGGGCAAACUGGAUUUCACAAGUUCAGAGCACUGGGCUCCCUUUAAUUUUUCUUAGAGCACAGCCUUGCUUAUCACACUGUUGUGUUUGUUGGUCUUUUGCUAGGACACUGCGGGUGAAGAAAGAUUCUCAGGUUUGUCGUCAUUUUACUGCCGAAGUGCUUCUGCAGCAAUUGUAGCUUAUGAUAUCACUCAAGGAAGAUCCUUUCAAGUCCUCAAAGAGCGCCAUUUGCAACUACUGGAAGCUGCCGAACCAAACUGCCUUAUUGUUGUCGUUGGAACAAAAACGGACCUUGUGACAAGGGAUACCAGAGAAGUUCCUUCAUCUGCUGGUGAAAAAUUAGCGAUCGAGCAGAACGAAAGAAAAGGAAGGCCCAGGAGUGGUUUCAGUGUCCAUCCAUUUUUUGAAACGAGUGCGAAAACAGGCAAUAAUGUGGACAAAGUUUUCGAAUUUAUUUUGAACACUUGCCUACCUCUAGACGAUGAAGAAACUGCCAGAAAUUCGUUACGUAAAAUGUCAGGUCUGAAUCUUGAACAGAAAUCACGCAGGUCACAUAGCCAUGAAUCUAAAAGCUGUUGUUAAAUGAAAAUUUUAAUAAGUCAAGAGCCUCGACUUCGCCCAUUAACUGGUGAACACGAUAGUUAGCUGCGAGUUCAUCUUUACAGGAAAAAUUGGGGGAAGGGACGGGAAUACUGCAGAUUGUAUGCAUGUAUAGGUGUAUAGAUUGAGGUCUUUUGAAAUAAUGGGUCUUUUGCAGAAUACGGUCACAUGGUACAAAAAACACCCUGCUGGAUGGCAAACGGCUAGUCUCCUUGACGGGUAGGAGAGAACCUUGGUAAUAAGGUUGGCCGGAGUCACGCAAGCUCCCCGCGCCCACGCCCUACGUGACUCCGGCCGGAGCCGCGGCUGCGAAGGAGACUAGCAAACGACGCACUAGGACCUUGAACUGAUGUAAUUUUUUGUUUUUCUUGUCCCCUACGUCGUUUUCCAUCCAGCAAGGUGUUUUUUGUACCAUGUGCACGAUUAUAUUCUGUAAAAGGCGUAUUGAUAUUAAUUAAUUUGGUUGGCUUAAGGAGCUGUGUCAGGCAUUUUAUCCGAAUUCAACCUUAAAGGAUUUGGCCAUCAAUUUGAGUGAAGUAGUAUAUUUAAUAAUCAACCCUCCAUUUUUUUAUACUUAGGAAAGCAAAUACAAAAGAAGGUAAGAAUUGACAAAAAUGAACAAGGAAAUAACACCGCUAACAAUCGGCGUAAGGGGUUUAAGAGGUCUACAGCCUGUCAGUUUUUUAACGUCUUUCUCUGUUCUUCGGUCAGGAAGGAACAUUUGUUUGUCCUUAAGCUGUGAUUUUGUCUAUUAGACUUUUAAAUAAAAGCAAACGUCUUCCACCCGCGAGUUCGUGGACAAAGUUAGAAAUACGCUCGGAAAUCAAUCAAUCAAUCAAUCUUUAUUCCUCCUACUAAUGCGCACUAACAAGCUUACGAGCUAACGAAACUGCCGCGACAAAGCUCUUGGUUAUAUUAUUAUGCGAAUGUUCAAUAAUUCAUGGACUCUAAAAAGUUUGAAUACUCCUCCUUUUAUAUAUGUAGUCCACCAAAUGUUAUUACAAUAGAUAAUCAUACGCAUUUUAAUAAGACAGAUCGUUUCCAGGGAACGUCUUCGAUAGCCUUCUGCGUAGGCCUUUUUGUGAGGGGAGGGGAAACGACUUCCCUUAACACUUAACAACGACUGCUUGAGAGGCACAUUUCUCCAUGCUGAGCCGUUACUGUCACUUCUCGUUACCUCACUAAGAAGGGGCGAGUAGGCGAGUCACAUAUCCAUGAGAGGAAAUUGUACUCUUAUUUCUGAGGUUAAACUUCCUGUAAUCAGCAUC